GUUUUUAUCCUGAUCCUGAUAUAAUCCCGAGGAUGUUUAAGUCAAGACAGGUUUCAGAUUACUAACAUGUCAAUAAUGGACUUUGAUCUGAGCUAAAAUCAUUGACUUUGGUGUUAACGUUGUCAGCUGCGCUCCCAUUCUUACUGCCUGUGGACAGAGUUGCAUUUGAUCAUCAUCGUAAUCAUUCAUUUUCAAUGACACGACUUGUGAUGUAAUUGCUGUGGGGUGGAGUUUUAGCUUUGUGAUCUUAGGAAUUUCAACUGAAGAUGUUUUCCACAGUUGUGUUGUACACAGUUGUACAGGGAAUUGAACCGACAGCAGCAGCAGCAGCAGCUGUGACACAUUAAUGUUCAAAUCCAUCCAGAGGAAACAGAAUAUAACAGAGGAUCAAACCUACUUCCUGUCAGAGCCAGAUUCAUUUCCUGUCACUUAGCCACAACUUUGAGCUAAGAAAGAGGAGUGAUGGGAAGCUGGGGUAAGGAGGGGGAGGCGGAGGUGACAGACCACAGCACAGUUUAGAACAGGAACAGCUCUAAACAGCACCUUAUAAAAGAAGGUGAAGUUUCUUUUAACUUUCCAAACAAACCUAAAGUGAAGACAAAAAACAAACAACCAACAGAAUCACAUUAACAUAGAAUGACAGCAGAGAGCACACCCUAGUGGGAGGAGGGGUUGGGUCAGGGCACGGGUCAAACAUCAGAGGAAGACUGAAACGUCAGCCGAACUCUUCUGCUGUCAGUGAUUAAAAAUACAAGAAUGAGGAGGAAACAUUUGCAACGUCACGGGUUUUUUUUUUCCGUCAUUGUUUGACAUAAUGAAACAUAAAACCGGUUCCACGGCUGAGACUGCCAGAAGAAACCUGCUGCUCCGGACCAGACCGACAACAAGCGGAGAUCAACGCUGCACCAGGUGAAACAUGGUCCGCCCCAGACAAGAGGCCCACAUUUCAACACAAGGCUUUGGUCCUGACAGGAAGUCAAACCGGUCACGUUUGGACAGAGACGACAAGAACAAAGAAAUCUGAAUCCCAACAGUCAAUGAUGACACCAGGAUAAUUCAGUCCACUUUUAACCAGAAACUACAGAUGAGGUGGAGACAGAGAACAGACAAACUAAAAAAAAACUUUUAGUUCUUUGGUCCAGACUUUAGACUUGAGAAAAUAAAUGUUAAAAUAAACAACAACAGGCCAAAAAUGUUUUGAUGUUGAAAAAGUGUUAGCCCAGAAUUUAUCCAGGUUCGGCAGAAAUAAACUAAAAUUUUAACAAUUAUUCCAAUAAAAGAAAAUGGGCAUGGGCAUCUAAAAUAAUUAACUGAAUAAAGUAAAAAAAAAAAAACAGUUAAAAAUAACACUUUAGUCCAGGGUUGUUUCUCUAACGACAGAAAAUGGAUCGAUUAAUAAAAGUUAAUAAUAAAUAGGUACUAUAUGAGUAUGACAUUAGCAGUUAAAUUAAUGAAUAAAUAAACUUAAUGACUCAGCACAGACAUAGGUCCCCGCCGACAAAACAGAAGGAGGGACAGAUAUGAGGAGUCCAGUUGUCAGUUUCUGGUCCCGCCCUCGGACCCUCGACCCCCCGGCCCAGGAGCGACACUCUUCGAAUAGUGGAGCUGCUGGCCACGUCUCAAAACCCUGCUGCGACACAUUAGCCUUGCUACAGCCGGAAUUAAACCGUUUUACAGCGGGAAUAAAACGUGUCUUGAAUCGGACUGUUCUGUUCUUCAGCGGGGAUCGGACUGAUUUUCUGCGGGGAUCGGACUCUUCUUCAGCGGUGAUCAGAGUGGUUCAGCUGCGGUCGGCGGCUGCGGUCUCCUAGCAGCGGUCGCAAACAAAAUCCACGAAGACCAAAGUAGAAGGUCCUUGGUCAAACACCCAGCACCAGGGCUGGGGAGCUGCUGUGAAGAUGCACUACAGAGUAAAACCCAGCACCAUGCUCAUGCUCCUGAUCCUGUCGGCGGUCACAGUGGUGGUGUUCAGAGGCCUGUACCUCCCCGUCUGGUCUUGCACCUCCCAACCCACCAACCAAAAGGUCCAUGUCCUGCUGCUGUCCUCCUGGCGAUCGGGCUCCUCCUUCCUGGGUCAGGCCUUCAACCAGCACCCAAACGUCUUCUACCUGAUGGAGCCCGGUUGGCACCUCUGGACCACCAUGCAGAAACCAGGCAUGCGCUCAAUGAAGAUGGCACUGAGGGAUCUGAUGAGGAACCUGUUCCUCUGCGACUUCUCCGUCAUGGACUCCUACCUUCCGGACCAGCGUAACAUUUCCUCCUUGUUCAUGUGGAGUCACAGCCGAGCGCUGUGUUCUCCUCCAGUCUGUUCUCUCACCCCACGAGACCAGUUCAGCAACCAGACGCUUUGUGACAAGAAGUGUGAUUCACGGGGUCUAGAGAAGGUCCAGGAGGCCUGCACCACCUACAGUCACGUGGUCUUAAAAGAAGUCCGGUUCUUUGAGCUGGAAUCUCUUUAUCCACUUUUCCAGGACCCCAGUCUGGAUCUCCGAAUCAUCCACCUGAUCCGAGACCCCAGGGCUGUGGAGCGCUCCAGGGAGGAGUCCAUCAACUCCUUCUUGAAGGACAGCGCUAUCGUCUUGGAACAGAAGAGCAUACCCAGAGCUGAGAUCGAGCUCCUCGUCAUGCAGGAGAUUUGUCGUAGCCACACACGAAUCUUUGAAAGGGCUAUGCAGAAACCCCCCCCAUUUCUGAAAGGUCGCUACAAGAUGGUUCGCUAUGAGGACUUGGCACGAAACCCUCUGGAAGAACUGACCGCCCUUUAUGACUUCAUUGGUCUGGAGAUGACGCCCAAGCUAGAAGAGUGGAUCUACAGGGUUACCCACGGAAAAGACAGGCGCAGCGUCAAAGACGCUUUUACGAUCACCUCACGAAACGCCAUGAGCAUGUCGGAGGCCUGGCGCACCAAGCUGUCACACAGCAAGGUCAAACGAAUCCAACAGGUGUGUAGAGGAGCCAUGUCAUUGAUCGGGUACAGAACUGUGGACAGCGACGCAGAACAGAAGAGGCUGGACAUAGAUCUGCUGGUGCCACGAGAGCCGUACCAGUUCAGCUGGUUACCCUCAAAAGCAGAAGAGACAGAGGAGCCGAAGAAGAAUUAGUCACAUGGUCAUCCGAGGACCAGACUGGGUGGGAACUCAAAGAACAGACUCUGAGCUGAACGCUUGCUGCACACACACGUAACACAAUAAUUAGUACUUAUCAGUGACUGAGUGACGACGUGUCGAUACAGACACGGAACUUCCGCUUUCUAAUGGAACUUUUUCAAGACAAUCCUGAGGCUAAGGAGAAGCCACCACUGUCAUAUGUCACAGGGACAGGAAGUUUGAUCUCUAGUCUGUCUGGAGAGUAGAUGAAUGCAAAUGUCAUUUCCUAACUUCAACACUUGGGGUCCAGUGUGUAAGAUGCACUGAGGUCUGGCACAGACGCAUUACAGGAUGUAGAACUCCAAAAAAAAAAGGAUUUAUUAAUGUAUUAAUUCAUUAACUGCAGUGGAAAUCACUUGUUGGCUGUGAGGUUACACACUGGACAAACGCAUGAGAAAAAAAUAACACUUGAAUUCAAUCUGGUUAAACCUGGUUAAACCUUAGCACCAAGACGUGUUUACUGGUCCAAAAACUAUUUCAAAUCGUUUCCUGUGGAAGCGAUCAAUUUAAAAUUAAAUAUUUAACGUAUUAUUUUAUUACCAGUGUUUAUUUAUGGUACGGGCAUGUUGUCAAAAAUAAUUUAAAAAGAUCUUAUCACUGUCACUGUUUACCAACUGAAGUUACUGUAAACACUCUGGAGGUGCCCCUGGUGGCUGACUGAUUAAAAAACCUCACUUCCCACCUUCAAAAAAGCACUGUUGUUAUAGUCUGUCUGUAGAGGGACAUGAUUGACAGCUACAAGAGGAGGACAGAGGUCACUCUGUGUGUGUGUGUGUGUGUGUGUGUGCGUGCGUGUGUGUGUGUAUGAAGGUCAUGCUUCAGUUUUCACUGUGUAGUGACAGUGUUAUCAAACCAACUUUUAUUAAUUAUUACAAAUUACUACACCAAUAUCUUAAAACAACAGUAGACCAGAAGCUGCUGGUCCACCGCUGCCUUCUGUGGUCAGUGUGUGUCACUAAGGUAAAUCUAAUUUUAAUUAUAGUUUUAUUAAAUAGCUUUUUUUUCCAGAAACGUGUACUACCUUUUUAAACUUGCUAAAUUCAUGUUGAUGACUGAAUCAAUGAACGGACGUCCAGGAAAAUAUCAUGAACUGAAAUGUUAGAUGUCAUCGCUAUCCACAGCUCAGAACAAACUCACAGUACGAGGACAGAUAUAUUUAUUUUAUUACAAGGACUGUUGAAGCUAACGUUAGCUCUGGUGUCUGUAAAUGUCAUUUUUCUGACACUUUAUAUGUCUUAAACUAAAUGAUCUGAAUUUACACCCCAGCUCUAAAACUAUGAUGAUAUUUAUUCACCAGCUUGAGCCCACUGAUGAAGGAAAUGUGUCAGAACACUGAACACGAGUCCCUGUUCAAUAUGAAAUAUCGUGUAUGUAUAAUAAACUUACACCCGUGCCUUUGAGCUGACAGCUCUGUUAGUUUAGCUUUUAAUCUGAAGGAGAGUUUACUUUAAAGGAGGUACUAAUGAAUGCAAAUAAACCUUUUCUGUGACACUA